UAUCAACAAAUAGGGCCCAGUGAAGAUUUCGUAACAGAACUAUUAUUUCAUUGUGGGGAAACAUCGUUAAUUUUUGAAGGUGUUAAAAUUUCAAUUUUUUUUGUUUACAAAUACUUGACCGGUUAAAACCAAUUUUUGCAAGAUUUUAAAUUACUAAGAUUAGCAGCAAUAUGUCAUCCAAAAGCAAGAAAAUGAGAAUGAGCUGGGAGGUGCCAGCUUCAAAGAUGUCUCACCAGACAUUUAAUCCAAUCCGCAACAUCGUGGAUACAAUGAAGCUAACGCCCAAUCCAGAUAAAGAGAUGAUAGCUUUAUCCAUUGGAGACCCGACUGUGUUUAACAACCUCCCGAUCCCAGAGCACAUCAACAAGUGUGUGGUGGACAAGAUCCAUGGUCAGAAACAUAAUGGCUACAACCCUUCCAUAGGCUAUGAAGAUUCCCGUGCGGCAGUGGCAAAGUACUCGUCUACACCGGGCAAAGAGCUAACCGCAAAGGAUGUCGUUCUUACUGGCGGCUGCUCCAUGGCCCUUGACCUGUGCAUCUGCGUCCUAGCGAAUCCCGGACAGAACAUCCUGGUCCCUAUGCCGGGCUUCUCCAUCUACAAGACACUGGCCGAGUCACAUGGCAUCCUAGUCAAGCACUACAACCUCAGGCCUGAAAAGAACUGGGAAGUUGAUCUGGAUCACUUGGAGUCUUUGAUUGACGACAAAACGGCCACAAUUCUCAUCAACAACCCGUCCAAUCCCUGUGGCUCCGUGUUCAGUCGCAAUCAUCUCCUGUCAAUUCUAGAGCUGGCCAAAAGACACAAAGUGCCAAUCAUUAGUGACGAGAUUUAUGAACAUUUUGUGUUUUCUGGGAACGAGUACCACUCUCUGGGGUCACUGUCAGAUGAUGUCCCCAUUUUGUCCUGCAGUGGUCUGACAAAGCGGUUUUUAGUCCCAGGGUGGAGACUCGGAUGGAUUGUUAUCAAUGAUCGCCAUGACACAUUUACAGAGGUGCGAGCAGGUUUGGUCAGAUUGUCCCAGCGUCUCUUGGGUCCUAAUUCAAUCGUCCAAGCUGCUCUCCCAGAGAUAUUGUCGGCCACCCCACAGCAUUUCUUUGAUGAAACUGUACAGUAUGUGGAGGAAAAUGCCAGAAACUUCUACAACAGGAUCAGCAAAGUACCUGGACUGAGACCAGUGGAGCCCCAGGGAGCUAUGUACAUGAUGAUCGGCAUCGACAUUGAUUGUUUUCCUGGCAUUAAGGACGACGUGGAUUUCACAGAGAGGAUGGUCAAGGAACAAAGUGUCUUCUGUCUACCUGCCCAGUGUUUCCAGUUUCCAAACUUUUUCCGAGUUGUACUUACCAUUCCCAAGGCCAAAGUGUCCACUGCCUGUGAGAGGAUCAAAGAAUUUUGUAAGAAACACUAUUGUCCAAGUAAAGCAACCAAUGGCAGCACAGGGAGUGACAAACUGACCAAUGGCAGUGGUUCCCAUUGAGCUCAUCCAAAUAAUGCAUCGGACAGGAAAUUAGAGAUGAAACAUCAUUCUCUUCCUCCACAUGUUUACCCAUUUGAGGAAUUCUUUAACAUGAUCAAUUAAAAUUCUGCAAAAAUCCAUCGUUUGCUAACGAUUGUUUCACUUUGUGCCAAACUUAAACGAAUAUGUCAAGGCAAACUGAACCUGGCAUUCCAGUGACCUGUAUUCUUUUAAAACAAUGUUUAACUAUCACCAUUAACUGAUGUAUUUCUUUGUUUUUCUUUUUACGAACUGUCACUGAUAUCAAUGAUAUUUGUUCUGCGUACAGUAUUCUCUUCACAAUAUGUUGAUUGAUGCCAACCUGUUUAUUGUAUAUACGUGUACAAUUAUAUUGGGAGAUUUUUUAGGAUUACAUAUGGGUUACAUUUAUAGUAUUUAUGUUGGUGUUUUUGGUUUUAUUUUAUAAACCAACAGUAAGUCAUUGUCCUGUUAGAGAUGUUUUUUUUUUACUUCUUUCCUAUCCUGAUUAUGAACAAAAUGAAUUGCUGUAAAAGAUCAUGUGAUAUGUAUUAAAGUCUUUGACUUUAUCAGAAUAUACCGGUAGGUAUUGCUUUUAUAAUAUCGUAGUUUAUUUUGUUAUUUUCUUUGUCUAUUGUACAAAUAUUUUUUAUAAAAUCAUGACUUGGUAUUUUAAAGGAAUUUUUUUGUAUUGCAAAUUGGCUCUAAUUCAACAUUAGAGUCAUCUCCCUUAGAUCUGAUGUAUUUACUAUUUUUAAAAGAGGAGGCAAGCAAUCUCGCGAGUCCUCUUCAUCUGUUUGACAAUCUUAGCACUUUGAUGUAAUGUAAACUUUUACUGAUUGCAUGAAAGGUUGCAUUAUGACAGAUUUUUGUUUUAUUUUUUAGCAUUAAGUAGAGAUCCAGAGUGUAUCUACUCUGUGGUCAUUUGUGAAUAGACCAAACAUUUUGUUGACAAGAUUUGUUUGUUGAAAAAAUAUCAAUUAUCUUACGUUUGUUUUUGUCUUGUUGGAAAUAAAAUGAAGUUUAAUGCAA